UUAGAUACUAUAAAAAGUGCAUCUAUAAUUCUGCCACUGACAUAAGAGGGCUGGAUUUAAUAAUAUGAACUUGGGUACUUGGCUUAUUCACCUUCAAGGAGACAAAUGAAAUGAGUACUUGUUUCAAAAUGGAUUGACAAUGCUAAAGUCAGUUGAUAUUUCAACCAGUUUACCUUGACAUGCUUUUUAAUAAUUGGUGCAGCCAUGGCUAGUGCUUGUCUGGCACUAUCUCUUUUACAGAAUUCUCUUGGAUACGGAAACGAGGAGCAGGAGUUUCACAUAUGUCAAUUUACUGAAGCUGAUGAUGGCCUUGGUUUUGAUUAUGAACAGAAUCAGCCAUUAAAUAAAGAACUUAAUGCCCUGGAGUACACUGGUACAAUUAAUCUAUUCUGCAUUUGUUGGCGUGGCAUUGAGGAAAUCCGGAUGUUUCAGUGACAUCAGCAGAGCUGGGUCGGGCACUCCACUGCUCACAUUCCAAUCCCCCAACUAUAGCGUAGUUUCAAGCCGCUUCCGGGACCUCUUGUACAACAAUGCAGCAGGCGGCUGAAGAUUGCGGCUUUGGUGACUGAAGAGGCCAAACCUUCCUCUUGGCCGUCUGGCCGGGAUUUAUUUGUUGACAAACAUGGAACAGGGUCUGAGCUCUCUCAAGCAGUUUGUCCUCCCCGUCGGCAAGCUGGCUUCUUGGAUUGCAGCGGUGGCAAUGGUGUUUGGUGGUGUCGUGCCCUACAUUCCUCAAUACAGGGAUAUCAAGCGCACACAGAAUGCAGAGGGGUUCUCCAUCUACGUCUGCUUAGUGCUGCUUGUGGCCAAUAUAUUGAGAGUAUUAUUUUGGUUUGGAAGGUACUUUGAACCACCCCUUUUAUUACAAAGUAUAAUCAUGAUCAUUACCAUGUUGGUGAUGUUGAAGUUAUGUACUGCUGUUCGUGUAGCCAGUGAACUCACAACACGACGCCGUGCCUUUACAGACAAUAAAGAUGAAGAAGUCAAAACUCCUAGGAAGUUCUUUCUGGACUUUGACUUGCAGUACUUCUGGCUGUGGAGCAGAUUUAUUGAUUACAUUCAGUGUGUCUUGGCUUUCACUGUUGUUGCUGCCUACAUAACCUACCUCCUUAUUGAUUCUUCACUCUUUGUGGAAACACUUGGCUUCUUCGCUGUCUUUACCGAGGCAAUGCUUGGCACACCACAACUGUAUCGCAACUAUGAGAACAAAUCAACAGAAGGAAUGAGUAUUACAAUGGUGCUGAUGUGGGCGAGUGGUGACACUUUCAAGACCGCUUACUUCAUCCUGAACCAGGCUCCUUUCCAGUUUUGGAUAUGUGGAUUGCUGCAAGUGUGUGUUGAUAUCACAAUUCUCUUUCAAGCUUACUACUAUGAUCGUUACCCUCAAAAACCGUCUUCCCACACUGUUCCUUCCACAAGCACCAAGGCACUUUAACUAUGGCUCUAUUCAACAAGUGCACCAAAUGACCAAUUCCUGGAAAGAACAUGAAGCCAUGUUGUUGAACCAUAGCCAAUAACUUUUAUCUUGGUUUACCACAUGUUGGAAGGAUUUCAAAGUCACUUUCUGGUAAAGCGGUUUAAAGCAUUUGAACUUUUGCUGAAAUGUUUAUGGUAAUUUAUAUAUUUUUCUAUUUGCAUAACUCAGACCAAUGUUUUUGGACACGUUUACAUAAAUGCCUUACAUGUUACUGUUCCUACAACUUUGUUUUUCUUCCUGAUGUUUAUUCUUUCUUUGUCACCUGCUAUAUCACUCUAAUGUAACUUUGUUUCAUGGCAGUAUUAAGAGUUUGAAGUGUAAUUUGGUGCACUAUAUCCAAGGAGAAUAUUGUGUUCAAAAACCAUUUUAAAAAUUAGCAAUAUUUCAGAUGGGAUUUACUGAACUUUGAAAAAGCUGUAUUCCACACAAGGAAGGAGAUGAUGUAACGUUCAGACUUGAGUCUUCAGACUUCAGACAGCAACUGAGUGGGGAAGGAUUAGGAAGCAAGGAAUGUCUGUUUAAUUUGAUUUAUGGUUGCUCUGUAAUGAAGACACACACUGGGGCUCAGUCUAGUAUUCAUUAUUGUAUUAAGAUGGAGUAGAGUCGUGAGAUCUAAACUUGUGAUGCUCCUAUUAACAACUGUGCUGAAAUCAGAUGCUUCUCCACAAGGAGAAAGAAUCAGAAGCAGGAAAAACUGCCCUUCAGAACAAGCUGCUUCAGAGUAAUAUCGGUAGGAAUUUCAGGACAGUUUUGAAUGGCAUGAAGAGAAGAGCAGUUUUUUUUUAUAAAAACAAAGUACAGAUUAUUCUUAGCAAGGUAAGAAGUUAAAUUGUGGUCCAUUGCAAAGUAAAGUGAGAUCUGGCUUUUAGUGCAAAAGUGCAUACUGAUAAUACGCAAUGAUGCUGACACUUUUACUUGUUCCUUCAUGGUAUUUAUUUUAUUACUCAGUAAUUUAGAUCACAGGUAACAGAGUUCAUGUUUUACUUGCACAACAUUUCUCCUCCCCACCUCCCCCCCCGCCCCAACCAUUUAAAUCAGUCUGAUUGAAAUUGCCUACAUUUAAUAUACAGUUAUCAUGCUUAUAUAAACAGCAUUGUUUCAAGAAAGCAUUUAUACAUCAAGUAACAAAUUAAAAGGCACAAAUCUGAUUUAAUACUUGCUGUUCUGUGGAUUACCCUAUGGGUGAUGAGCUCCUGCCUCCAAGUCAGUUGAGUUCAUAAUAAAAUCAGCAUGCAUUUAAAAUAAAUGCACAAAAAUUACUUUGGUACCCACAGCAUUUGUGCAGAGAAGGCCUGGGAGGCAGGGAAAGUCUAUUUAAUUUGAUUAUGGUUGGUCUGUAUGGAUGAUACACAUUGGAACUGGGUGUAGUAAAUUAAGAUGGAGUAGAAAGGUUUCUACCAACCUGAAUUUAUUUUAAUAAUCUACCUACUACUAGCAUAAAAUUCAGUGCAGUUAAUCCAGAUCAUUGAAUUCAAUUGCUAUCCUUUCCUGUUGCCUUUUAAAAGCAGUGCUUUCUAUCUAUGUAUGGUGAAUCCAUCCCUAAACGUGCUUACAUUGUUAAACCCAAGUACGUGAUCAGUCAUUGCCCUGUGUUUUUGACUAUAACCAAGCUCCUUUAAUUUACUGGAUUUACAUAGAAAUUGUUGAUGUGAUGUAACUUCUGAUCAUUGUACAAUUGUAUUUAUCUGAAACUUUUUGUUGACAUAUGUAUUUGUUAAAUUUUCUGUUUAUUUUGCAUUUGUAGGCAGCCAGCAAUCUGAAAUUAUCCUUAUGACACUGAAGUUAAUGGGGCAUCAUUCUAACUAACAUACAGUGGCUGGGAGGAAAUUGACUGAAACCUAUAAAUAAUAAUUUUAGCUGAAAUGGAAUAUUAAGCCAACCAUUAGGUUAGAUGAUGACACUUUGGCUCCAAAGAAGUAUUAAAUAAGAAGUAUACCCAGUAAGGUAAAUAGAUCUAUCUAGUUUAUAACUAUAAUUCUCCCUAUUUGCUCAGGAGGUUUUCAGUUGAUUGCUAUGAAGUAUUUUGUCAUUGAAUGACAACUGUUUUGGUCUUUCUGAUCCACAGCUGAUUGCCAUAUUUUGCUUUGGGCUGAAGUGACCUUACAAUUAAGUCUAUGGUGUUUGUCUGAUAAGCUGUUGUCUGAUAUGUUUUUAUGUUCAGCAAAAUAUAUGUAUAUAUUCAAAACUGGGGGAUUGCUGUAUGCUGAUCUUUCUACUUUGAUUAUCAAACAAGCUCAAUUUUCUUAAAUAGUUUCUAAGAAUAUACUUUUUGAAAGUCAAGAACUAUGAAUUAGUACACUAAUUCAUUUGACUGAAGUAUGAAGCCCCAGGAAUAAACUAACUAUCACUUCCACUCUGGUGAGCAAGUCUGUCACUUUUGUGAUUUUGGUCAAACCUUAUGUAUCUUGCUGGUCCAAACCCUGCUACACAUCACCAUUUUAAAACUGAAAUGAGCCUAUUCAGGUAUUUUUUGCACAGGCUGUGGGCCAUGGGGGCGGCACGGUGGCACAGUGGUUAGCACUGCUGCCUUACAGCACCAGGGACCCAGGUUCAAUUCCAGCCUCGGGUGACUGUCUGUGUGGAGUUUGCACAGUCUCCCUGUGUCUGCGUGGGUUUCCUCCGGGUGCUCCGGUUUCCUCCCACAGUCCAAAGAUGUGCAGGUUAGGUGGAUUGGCCAUGCUAAAUUGCCCGUAGUGUUCAGGGAGGUGUAGAUUAGGGGGGUGGGUCUGGCUGGGAUGCUCCAAGGUUCAGUGUGGACUUGUUGGGCCAAAGGUUCUGUUUCCACACUGUAGGGAUUCUGUGUGCACUGUGGCAUUAACGGGCAGCGAUAAGUUUUAUGUUACUUACUGUUUUCAAUUAGCAAGCAAAAAUUACAGAAUCCCUUUGUGUCGGCUUAUCAAUCCAUGGGUGUGAUAAUGUUUGAUUCCAUAAUGUUUGUACAAUUUUGUUUUGCCCAUUUGAUGUUCAGUUAAUUGGCUUCUGAAGCAUAUGCUGGGGGAAUAUAGUAAAAAGGUCAUAUACUUCACAGCUUGUAUUGGAACUGUUGAAGGGUUUUAUUUCCAGGAUUACUUGGGUUAUCUAGGAAAUGUUUCUUUACACUUUUUAAAUUCAGAUUUACAUUUGUGAAUAUUUAUUUAAAAAUAUUGAAGAUUACUGUUAUUUUGUAUUCUUCUGUCAACUCCACCAAACAAGUAAAAAGACUCUUAAUUGCCAAAUGAAGGCAGGUGAAUGCACUUAACCAGCAAAAGGAAUGUUCUUCAAUACUAUAACCAGCCUUCCCUAAAACUUUUUGUUAUGGACUGCCAUUCAACAUCAUGGUUGGAGGCAAAGUAAGAGAAUCAAAAGAAGUCUGCACAAGAGUACGUGUUAAAAAUGUAAAUACAUACACUGGUCUAUCAUGUGCAUCUGUAUGUUAAACUAAAACCUAAAGAAGAAUAAACAUUUGGAACUGUC